AACAAAACACAACACUGGUAGCCUGCAGUAACAACAGAGCACCAAGUUCGAACACAUUGUGGAUUUUUUUUACGUUUCCCACGAAUGGAGAGGUGCAUGGUGCGUUUAAAGUGUUGUUCAGUCUGCGUUGAGACUGACUGCAACUAGAACUACUGGCUUAUUAUUUCUAGAUGAGGGAGUGCUGGACAUUCAUUAGUCAGUCUUUGCAAUUCACGGCAUGGCAAUACCACCAGUGAGGCCGAAACAGAAGUCUCUCUCGGGUCUGGCUCAGAUCACCGAGAAUCUUUACCUUGGGAAUGCCAGGGCAGCGAGUGACAGUGCGGCUGUGAAGCGCCACAGCAUCACCUGCAUUAUCCACGCCACUGAGCACAACAAGCACAGCACGGUGGCGCGCUCAGAAGUUGAACACGUUCAUGUAGCGGUCGUGGACUCCCCCGCCACCCCACUGAUUGACCAUUUCGACGCAGUGGCUGACAAAAUUCACUGCGUAGCGGAGCAAAGCGGACGGACAUUGGUUCAUUGCAACGCGGGCGUGAGUCGGUCGUCAACAUUGUGUUUGGCAUACUUGAUGAAGUAUAGAGACAUGUCACUGUUCGAGGCGCACCGACUGGUUAAGGCUUGCAGGCCACUAAUCAGACCCAACAGCGGUUUCUGGGAGCAGCUAAUCGACUACGAGCGCAGGCUUCGCGGAAUCAACACCGUGACCAUGAUAAAGUCAUCUGUCGGAGAGGUGCCUGACCUGUACGAGCAAGAGGUCAAAGAUAUGCUCUAGCCCUGAGGAAACAAAACAGACUCUUACUUUUUCAGCACAGUUUGUUUUUAAGUGUAGGCCUAUGGGUCCAAAGAAAUAUGUGCACUUAGGCCUAGGCCUACGUUUUUAUUUAGUUGAUUCUUAUUAAUAAAAUUACAUUUUGCAUAUGCUUUAA